AUGAAGCUUUCUUGGCCUGCCGCGAUUGCGGCGCUGGCCGUUGCCACAACCGUUGAAGCCAUUGGCCCUAUUUCUUCUGUCGGGAACAAGCUUUUUACUCCGGAUGGGAAGCAGUUUUUUGUCAAGGGCAUUGCUUAUCAGUUGUCGCCAGACGACCCCCUGAUUGACACUGAGCAGUGCAAGCGCGAUGUUGAGCUCAUGAAGGAGUUGGGUCCCAACACCAUUAGGGUCUACCAUGUUGACGCGGACAAGAACCACGACGGCUGCAUGAAGGCUUUCAAUGAUGCUGGGAUUACGGCUUUGAUUGAUUUGGAUACGUUUGAUACGUACAUUGAGCCUGCCAAACCCGCCUGGACCAAACGGAUGCACGACCGCUACGCCGAGGUCAUGGACGCCUUCAUCAAGUACGACAACGUCCUGGGCUUCUUCGUCGGCAACGAAAUCAUUUCCACCGAAGCCCACUCCCAGGCGGCCCCCUUCAUCAAGGCGGCUGUUCGCGACAUGAAAGCCCACCGUGACGCCAAAAACUACCGCGAGGUCCCCAUCGGGUACUCGGCGGCUGACAUUGCCGAGCUUCGCCCAAUGCUCCAAGACUAUUUGACAUGCGGCGGAAACUCGUCCGAGAAUGUCGACUUCUUCGCGUUGAAUAGCUACGAGUGGUGCGACCCUUCCACCUACGAGACUUCUGGCUACGAGAACUUGCAGAAGCAGGCCAAGGACUUCCCGGUGCCCAUCUUUUUUAGUGAGACGGGGUGCAACGUUCCCGGCCCGAGGCUGUUUGACGACCAGCUUGCCAUUUUUGGGCCAAAGAUGAGGAAUGAUUGGUCGGGCGCGAUUGUUUAUGAGUGGAUUCAGGAGGAGAAUAGGUAUGGGUUGAUUCAGUAUGAGAAUCCGACCAAGGAGGAGGAUGUGGUGAAUGGUGUGGUGAGGAGUGGGACGCCGAAGCCGGUGCAGCCUGAUUUUGACAAUUUGAAGGAGAAGUGGGAGCAGGUUGGGCAGCCGACGGGGGUGGUGAAGGACAGUUAUGAUGCUAAGCAUGUCUCGGUCAGGCCUUGCCCGGAGGCGACGCAGGGGGGGUGGUUGGUGAAGGGGAAUGUCAAGUUGCCGGCGGUGGGUGAGACGUUUACGGGGACGUAUGAGAGUGUGCCUAGUGCUACUGUUGCUCCUACGACUGCUGGAGGGGAUGAGGGGACGGGCACAGCUGCCAAUCCGGCCAGUGAGACGCAGAAUCCCGCUGCGCCGACCAAGGUUGUGUUUAGGGGGAUGGUGGCGGGGUUGGUGGGAGUGAUGUUGUUUUUUACGGUGUGGUUUUAG